AUGAUUCAGUUCUUUAUAGCUCUCUCUCUCCUGAUCUCUUUGGCUUUGGGUUCUGCUCCUGAUUUGGGGCAAGGAUCCUCUAAAGAGAGACAGGACCGUGCUGUUCCACCCAAUGACAAUCUUGUGAUUGCUGUGGCUAACGGCUUUCAAAAGGGCGCUUGGAGCAAGACUGACAAAUGUCCUGAAGGUCUGUAUGCUGGUGGCUUCAGUCUAAGGAUUGAGCCCCCCCAAGGAACGAUGCGUGAUGACACAUCGCUCAACGGUAUCCGUCUUUAUUGCAUUGACCCCAAGAGCGCGAGAAACCUCAUUCCCACUGUGGUGUCUCAUCCUGGAUAUUGGGGAACCUGGACACAACCCCAGUGGUGCUCAGGAGGAGUGCUGAGAUCUUUCCAGUUGAGGGUGUCACCAGACCAAGGAUACAGCGACGACACGGCCGCCAACAACAUCAACUUCAAAUGCGAUGGUGCUAUCCUAAGAGGACAUGGUCCGCCGUGGGGCUUUUGGGGAGAAUGGAGCAAUGAAUGUGCAACUGGGGGUAUCUGUGGGAUCCAGACCAGGAUGGCUGAACGAGGGGGUGAUGACACGGCCUUAAAUGAUGUGCGCUUCUACUGUUGCCCCUAA